GUGCGGCCGGUUCCGUAAGCGACUGUCACCGCCAGCGCCUGGGGCGGGGCCGCAGGAAAUGGGGCGCUGCCGCGAGGCCGGGGCGGGGCGCGCGCGGAGGCAGAAGCGCAGCGCGGGGCAGCCAGGUGGCCGCGAUGUCCCCGCCGCCGCCACCGCUGCUGCUGCUGCUGCUGCUGCUCGCGCCCCGCGUGGCCCCCGCGCCGCUGGAGGUGGACACCGCGCGGCCGCUGCGCUCCGUGAGCCCCGCCUUCUUGUCCUUCACCAUCGACGCCAACCUGGCCACCAACCCGCGCUUCCUCGCCUUCCUGGGUUCUCCCAGGCUGCGGACUUUGGCCAGAGGCUUGGCUCCUGCAUACCUGAGAUUCGGUGGCACCAAGACAGACUUUCUAAUUUUUGACCCUAAGAAAGAACCAACCUUUGAAGAGAGGAGUUGCCGGCGAUCUCGAGUCAACCAAGGGUUUUGUGAAUCCAGAUCGCUCCCUUCCAAGGUGGAGAAGAGGCUGCACUUGGAGUGGCCUUUCCAGGAGACGCUGCUGCUCCGGGAACAGUACCAGAAGUUUAACACGACCACCUACUCAAGAAGCUCCGUGGAUAUGCUGUACUCAUUUGCAAAGUGCUCAGGACUGCACCUCAUCUUCGGUCUGAAUGAGUUGCUACGAACAGCGGAUUCACAGUGGGACAGUUCUAAUGCCCAGCUGCUCCUGGACUACUGUUCUUCCAAAGGCUAUGACAUUUCUUGGGAACUAGGCAAUGAACCUAACAAUUUUCGGAAGAAGGCUGGUAUCUUCAUCGAUGGAUGGCAGUUAGGAAAAGAUUUUGUUGCAUUGCAUAAACUUCUACAGAAUUCCACUUUCAAAAAUGCAAAACUCUAUGGUCCUGACAUUAGUCAGCCUCGAGGAAAGUCAGUGAAGAUGCUGCAGAGCUUCCUGCAGACUGCUGGAGAGGUGAUAGAUUCAAUUACAUGGCACCACUACUAUUUGAAUGGCCACAUUGCUACAAAAGAAGAUUUUCUCAACCCUGAAGUGCUGGACACUUUCAUUGUAUCAGUGCAAAAAGUUUUACAGGUGGUGGAGGAAACCAGGCCAGGCAAGAAGGUCUGGCUGGGAGAGACGAGCUCUGCAUACGGGGGCGGGGCGCCCCUGCUGUCCGAUACCUUUGCAGCUGGCUUCAUGUGGCUGGAUAAACUGGGCCUGUCAGCCCAGAUGGGAAUAGAUGUGGUGAUGAGACAGGUGCUCUUUGGUGCCGGAAACUACCACUUAGUGGAUCAGAACUUCAACCCUUUACCUGAUUACUGGCUGUCUCUUCUGUUCAAGCAGCUGGUGGGCACCACCGUGUUCGCGGCGCACGUGGAAGGCCCUGAGCGUGCCAGGCUCCGUGUAUACCUUCAUUGCACCAACAGCAACCAUCCGAAGUAUAAAGAAGGCGAUCUGACGCUGUAUGCCUUAAACCUCCAUAACGUCACCAAGCGCCUGCAAUUACCCUACCCCUUAUUUAAUAAAGAAGUGGAUAAGUACCUUCUGAAACCUUCGGGCCCGGAUGGAUUACUGUCCAAGUCUGUCCAACUCAAUGGUCACACUCUGAGGAUGGUGGAUGACCAGACCCUGCCGGCUUUGACAGAAAAACCUCUCCACCCAGGAAGCUCACUGGGCUUGCCAGCUUUCUCAUAUGGGUUUUUUGUGAUAAAAAAUGUCAAAGUUGCUGCUUGUUUGAGAACCUGAAAUGCAUAUAUAUUUCAAAUACAUUGAUAAGAUCAAAGCACAACUCGAGCUCCAGAAGCCAAACAGAUCCACUACAGAUGCAGCAGGGGGUGCUUCAGAGACACAGGGCGGCCCUCAGUGCUGGCCUAGGCAGAGCGGUGCUGGUGAUGGUCACUAGUAAUACCUCGUGGCAGGCGGAUGCCUAGUAUCUGCAUGCACUGUUUUUAAGGAUACGCAAAGUGUGUACAAACGCUCUCAGUAUGGCCAGGAGACAAAUACGUGGAGGACAUAGUAUUUACUUUAAGGAAGUGUUUACUGGUGUUAUUUUUAGGAACUGUUGGUAGCUUGUCAGAUUCUUUCCUUCAUGUGUCAUCUCCGUGGCUCCCACACAGAAAUUUUAUAGCCACAACCUUGAAAUCGGUGGUGAAAGAGAAACUUUUUCUCUGCACCUUAACAGGAGCAAGAUUCAGCCGCUGCUUCUCUUCCCCUGCUCCACUGGUCUUCAUCAGUAGUAGUUUGAGAGUGGACAGCUGGUCCCAUGUAACAGCAUGGAAAGCUGGUGAAGACAGGUCAGAGGGAGGAACUGCGUAAACUUCAAGUCAAGGCUUUUAGCUGAGGGACUUGGCCUGAAGACAGGGACUAUGGGGACUGGGGAUUUAGCUCAGCGGCAUAAGUGCCUGCCUUGCAAGCAGGCAGUUGUGAGUUUGAUCCCUGGUACCGAUAAAAAGAAAAAAGACAAAAAAAAAAAAAAAAAAAAAGACAGGGACCAUGACACUGUUUCCUACCUCAUCUCGUAGGUUCAGUAACCACUAAAGUCCUCCACUGAAGAACAUUUUAGGUUCUCAAAUCUGAUCAUACAUCAUAGCCACCUGCUGGCGUUUGAUUUUUCUCCACUAUUCUCAUUUCAGUUGAGCUGUAAGUAACAGAAAACCCCUACUCAGAUGCCUUGGACAGUAAGGAAAGUCACAGCCCCACACAAGGAGAGUCUCAAAGAGGGCAGGCUCAGGUAGCCAGAUGUGGCACAGUGACCGGGCUUCUUUCCUCUCUGUGACUGCCAUCUCGAGCACUGGCUUCCUGCUGAGGCUGGUCACACGGUGACUGUAGGUAUCCCCUGGACUCAUUUAGACAUGUUCUCAACCAAGAGGAGGAGAUGACUGGUCUAAAGCCUUGUUUGCUUCACAGGCUUGAAGAGCCACUUCUCAGAGGUUGCCCCAGCAAACCUCACUUCAUGUCAGGGGCAAGUCCUGUGGCCAUUUGCCCAGUCACUGCCCAGGGCCACACGAUACCCAGAUCUCUCUGAGUGAACCUGCUCUGGAGUGGAGAACUUGGUUCUGGGGCAUCCACAACUCUGGAUGUGACAGUUCUGUGCUUAUCAGGGACAAAAUAGAGUAAUUUUCCCUAUAUUUUCAUCUUCUUUAAGGAUUAAUAUUCUUAUAUUUAUUUCUGUGACUAUCAUCUCAAAUCUAAGUACAUUUAUAAAGCUAUAAUUUGAAAUUUGAAUGGUUCCAUAGCCUAAAUUUUAUAUGUAAGUGAUUUUUUUAUAUUUUCACAUUUCCAAUAAAUUUUUAUAACCUUAAUAUCACAUGGCUAUCCUUUUAAUGAAGCUAAAGCUUACAGAUUCCAACAUUUGGGAACCUUGUUGCCUGCCACCUUUUUUGUCAUUUCAGCCUCUCUCUGACACUGAAGGAGUUGACCCUGAAGACAGGGACCACUAACAGUUCCCUACCUCAUCACGUAGAUUCAGUCACCACUGAAGUCCUGUCUCGUCUAUUUUUCCCCUCUUUUCUUCUCCUACUUAAUAACUUAUUUUUAAUCCCCAUUUUUUAUCAUAUUACUAUCAUAAUCUCCUUGGUGUUCAUUUUGACUUUGCUUAAACUUCUUCAAUGACUUCCCAUUUCUUAUGGACACACAGCAUCUUCCAUUGCACAACAGCCACCUGUUCCUCCAAUCUUAGCUCAUGCCACCUGCCCAGGACCAUGGGUCUCUAAGCAUAGAUGAGUUGAAAAGUGCAAACACAGGAGUUCUUGCACCUUUCAUUCCUGAAUCUUGCAUGCAGAUCUGAACCUACCUGCAGUGUCCUGAUGCUUGUCAGGAGGACAAGCUUCAUGCUUGUCAAGGAAGACACAGCUCAGAUGAUAGUUUCAACAUCUACUAUCAUUCAAAUACUGUCUACCUUCUCUGCUUCUGUGCCACUCUGCACAUUUACUGUGGUCCUUGUGAUGUACUUUCAUGGUGUGUGUAAAUCUGCUUCACUUAAACCUUAUAAUAUGCAAAUAUCUUAAUCACCUUUGAAUUACUUAUGCUUCAUGACUUGUAACCAGACACACAGUAACUAUUUGGCUGUCUUCCUAAUGACAUUAAAGAGCAGUCAAAUUUGAAACUGGGCUGGAGCCCCUUGCAUUUGAGUAUUUAAAAGUCAUUUAAUAUUUCAAACCUGGGAAGGUAUUAUCUGCUGCCUCUUUGAAAAUAUUUUAAAAAUUAAUGUUUAGUGAGCUGUCACUAAUGGUGGUGGUUACGUGAAGAAAAGCAUGACCACCAGUUGUGUGCUGGGGAGCAUUAAUGUACAGUAAUAGUAGAAUUGCCUUGAACUCUGUAGGGGAGGCUCUUGUGCAUUACUUUGAGGAACUUCAAGCUCAUGCCCUCCUGUUAGCAGAGGAUUUCAAGAGGAGGAAUGGCCACUCACAAGAUUAGAGGCCAGGGACCUUCUGUUCCACCCUGUCACCUCCAUUCUCAAGAAGAAGAGGGACUGGAGAUGGAUUUCAGUCGCCAGUGGCCAUGGUUUCCUCAAUCAUGCCUAGGCAGGAAGUCUCCAUAGAAACGUGCUGAGUCAGAAGGCCCAGACAUCUUUCUGGCCUGCAAAGAUGUUUAUGUGCAAAGCAGAGGGGCGCACUCCACCCUUCGGGCAGACUUUCCUGUGCUUGGGCCCUUCCAAACUCUGCCCUGAUCCCCUUCAUCUGGUUGUACCUGUGUCCUCCAUCACCACUGUAGCCACACAUAUCACUGGUCUGUGUUCCAAGCCAUUCAUUCCUGAGCCUGAGCAGGGGUGUUGCAGCCCCGCAGAGAGAAAGCAGGCAGCAUGAGCCCAUCCACAUCUGGAAUCUGCAGCAAAACUGGGCAGUGAGCGUCAGAACUGACCUGAGAGCUAGGACACCCAGUUCCUGUCAGAGAUUUGUUCUUACUGUUAGGAAAAGAACAUUUCCUCCCAGUCUGUGCUGCUUGAGAUGGGACUUUUACUCUGUGCUAAGCAUAAUACUUCUGUAAAAUAAGAACUCAAUAAACAUUUCAUUGUA